CCCCGGGACCCUCGGGGCGGGGGCGUUGGUCCCUCAGAUCCUCGGAGUGGAGUACGGGAGAAGGCGGGAGGUGGGGGAGACUUGCAGAUCGUACUGCGCACGGGGGGCUCUGAAGAGCGCUUGAAUCCGCGUGGGUCGGUCCGCCCGGGCGCAGAGAGACUGACCCUGUCCUCCAGGGGACAGAGAGGGGAGGAAAGAGAAGGGACAUCUGGUGCAUGAAAUGUCUUUCCUCCAGGACCCAAGUUUCUUCACCAUGGGGAUGUGGUCCAUCGGUGCAGGAGCCCUGGGGGCUGCGGCCGUGGCGCUGCUGCUGGCCAACACAGACGUGUUUCUGUCCAAGCCCCAGAAAGCAGCCCUGGAGUACCUGGAGGACAUAGACCUGAAAACCCUGGGCAAAGAACCAAGGACUUUCAAAGCAAAGGAGCUCUGGGAAAAGAAUGGAGCCGUGAUUAUGGCAGUACGGAGGCCGGGCUGCUUCCUUUGUCGAGAGGAAGCUGCAGACCUGUCUUCCCUGAAGCCCAAGUUGGAUGAGCUGGGCGUCCCCCUGUACGCAGUGGUGAAGGAGGACGUCAGGAGUGAAGUGAAGAACUUCCAGCCUUAUUUCAAAGGAGAGAUCUUCCUGGAUGAAAAGAAAAGGUUCUAUGGUCCACAAAAGCGGAAGAUGCUGUUUAUGGGAUUUGUCCGUCUGGGAGUGUGGUACAGCUUUUUCCGGGCUUGGAAUGGUGGCUUCUCUGGAAAUCUGGAAGGCGAAGGCGUCAUUCUUGGGGGAGUCUUUGUGAUGGGAUCAGGAAAACAGGGCGUUCUUCUUGAGCACCGGGAAAAAGAAUUCGGAGACAAAGUAAACCUACCUUCUGUGCUGGACGCUGCCAAGAAGAUCAUAUCCCAGACCUCGGCCUCUGAGAAAAAAUGAUCCCGAGACACCAGCCAGCUCAGGACGCCUCUGGGCACUUGUGCUCCCGGGCUGGGCUGUGUUUCCACACGUGCCCCUCAGUAGUCGGAAACCCACUGACACCGCACUCUCAGUAUGGUUAUUAACGUAUUUUAAUAUUACUGUAUCCUGUUGAGACCCAGUAAGGCAAAAUAGCCCCUAAAGAAGACUGACAGAGACCUAAGGAAUUAGUGAGGGUUCUUUAAGCUGAAACUUAGAAAGUACGAGGCUAGCUGUUGAUUGCUGUACCUCAUCAUGAAAGGAUGUGACAUUUGAAUGCUGUUAUUUGGAAAGAUUUUUCAUUUUCAUGUCGUCAAAAAUCUAAGAGAAGUUGAUGAUUGGCUUGAAGAUUAGAGAACAUUAGGUUCCAGGCUUGUGCAUUUUCUAUUAAUGAUUUGUGGUAUGAUAACAAAGUGAUACUCUUAUAAAAGAAUUGAUGUGUGGUGGGAUAGUUUGGUAAGGGUAAAUUACAAGUGGAAUCUCUGCUUUCCUCAUCUUCCAUUCUAACCUCAGAGAUUUGUUCUAGACAAAAAGGAUCAUCUCUGGCUCUAAUAAAAUUAUGUAUCAGAAAUCAUCUGCAUAUACAAGUUUUUCCUGAGAAAGCCAAUAGUGAAAAUAUUUACCAAAAUGCUGA